AUGACUCCGCGAAAACUCAAUGUUCUUGUAUACACGGGCACCGGAACAACAUCCGAGUCAGUGAGGCACUGCAUCCUCUCCCUCCGCCAGCUCCUGACCCCGAGCUACGCCAUCAUCCCCAUCAACGAGACCGUCCUGCUCAGGGAGCCCUGGGCUCAGACUUGCGCUCUCCUCGUCAUCCCCGGAGGUGCCGACCUGGGAUACGGCCGUGCCCUCAACGGUGCCGGGAACCGCCUCAUCGUCGACUACGUCCGCCGCGGCGGAUCGUACCUGGGCUUCUGUGCGGGGGGUUACUAUGGUAGUCGUCGCUGCGAGUUUGCCGUGGGGGACAGCUCACUCGAGGUGAUCGGAAGCAGGGAGCUGGGCUUCUUCCCGGGGACCUGUAGGGGCUCCGCGUAUGGCGGGUUCGACUAUUACUCCGAGAAGGGGGCGCGUGCUGUCAAGCUCAAGCUCGCGAGAGGCUUGCUCGACGACGACUUCACCCACGAGGAGACGACGUCGUACUUCAACGGUGGCGGCUUGUUUGUCGAUGCCGAGAGCUUUGGUGCCAAAAAGGUCGAGGUGCUGGCCUCGUACGCCGACGAGGUUGAGGUCCAGGGGGGCGACGCCGCCGUCGUGCUCUGCCACCUGGGCAGCGGCAAGGCUCUGCUCACGGGACCCCAUCCAGAGUUCGCCGCCGCCCAGCUGAGCCCGCACCCCGACGUGCCACACUACGCAGAUCUGAUCGCCCAGCUCGCCGCCGUCGACGACUCACGCCUCGCCUUCCUCCGGGCCUGCCUCUCCAAGCUGGGCCUCGAACCCAGCCGGACGGCGCAGGCCCUCCCCGCCCUGACGAGCAUGCACCUCACGUCCGGAAACGGCGGCAAGCUGUCCCGGCUUCUCCGCUCGUGGGACCCCAUCAUCGAGAGGGACGGCGACAGCGAGGAGCUCAUCAGGGGGGAGGCCGACACCUUCCGCAUCCAGAGCGGUGAGGCUCAGGUGAGCAUGGACGAGCUCCGCCGCUCGCUGCCUUUGGCCGACGGCGUGCUGGACGGCAGCGGCGUGGUCGACUACGCCCUCGUGGUCAAGACGAUCGUCGCGCACGAGAAGGGUCUCCCGUCGCCCGAGCAGACGCCCCUGUUCAACCACGAGCUGUACUACUCCAGUCUGGAGAGCUAUCAGGCACGCGAGCCGGGUGUCUCGAGCUGGGGCGACGUCCUGCUGUACGGCGACACGGUCACGAGCACCAACACUAUACUCGUCACAAACCCCAAACUCCUGAGCACCCUCCCCACAGGCGUCACCCUGGCAGCAUCGACACAGGUGUCCGGACGCGGCCGCGGCACGAACGUGUGGAUAGCGCCUCCCGGGGCGCUCAUCUUCUCCACCGUGAUCGACCACUCGGCCAGCCUGGCCAUCUCGCGCCCCAUCGUGUUCCUGCAGUACAUCGCCGCCAUAGCCAUAGUGGAGGGCAUCCGGUCGUACGCGGACGGGUACGAGCGGCUGCCCGUCAAGAUCAAGUGGCCCAACGACAUCUACGCUCUCAACCCGGACAACCCGUCGUCGGGCCAGUACGUCAAGGUCGGCGGCAUCCUGUCGCAGUGCAUCUACACCGACGGCGCCUACAAGGUCGUCCUGGGUGUCGGCAUCAACGCCACCAACCCGCGCCCGACCACGUCCCUGAGCGACCUGCUGCCGCCGGGGGCCGCGUCCGCCUUCCGCGUCGAGGCGCUGCUGGCCUGCAUCCUCACCCGCCUCGAGACGGUGCACGCCCAGUUCGUGCGCGAGGGCUUCUCCGUCAACCUCGAGAAUAGGUACUACCGCCACUGGCUGCACACCGACCAGCUCAUCACCCUGGAGACGGAAAGCGGCGCCAGGGCCCGCGUGCGCGGCAUCACCAGAGACUGGGGCAUGCUGCGCGUCGAGGAGAUCGACGGCCACGGGAGGGGGGUAGGCAGGCUGUGGACGCUGCAGAGCGAUGAGAACAGCUUUGACUACUGGAAGGGCUUGGUCAGGAGGAAAGUCUGA